AUGUCUCGGGAGUUUCGCCAAGAUGUGCCCAAAGGGGCUUCGGAGAUAUUUUUGCGGCGAGUGCGUUUUUGGGGGCAGCAGCAGCAGCAGCAGCAGGAAGCAGCAGCAGCAGCAGCAGCAGCAGCAGCAGCAGCAGCAGCAGCAGCAGCAGCAGCAGAGGGGUCCGCCGCGGGCGGCGGCGAGGGCGGCGCCGCGGCGGCCCACGGCAGCGGCGCGUCCGCAGCAGCAGCAGCAGCAGCUGCUGCUGCUGCUGCUGCAGCAGGAGGCACUGCAGCAGCAGCAGCAGCAGCAGGCAGCGAGGCCCCCCCCGUGUUUGCUGCUGGGGGCCUCUCUUUUGCUUUUCUUAAGAGAUAUGGUUUAUACUUUGUUGCAGUGACGCAGCAAAACCCUUCUGCUGCUCUUUUGAUUGAAUUGCUGCUCCGACUCGUCAAGGCCAUCAAAGAUUUUUGCGGGGUUUUGACGGAGGAAGUGUUGCGGAGGAACUUCGUUUUGGUUUACGAAGUUGUGGAGGAAAUUUGCGCCGAGGGUUUUCUCCAAAACGCUGAAACAGAGUUUUUGAAAGCCAACAUUUUCUCCGAGCCGCUGCCCGACUGCAGCGCAGCAGACCCCAAGGCCAGCAGCAGCAGCAGCAGCAGCAGCAAAUUAAUUAAUUAA